GGUAACUGAAGAUCGCUGAUAAAGAUGGGUGACUGGGGAUUCCUGUCAGGGCUGCUGGACAAGGUCCAGUCCCACUCCACGGUCAUUGGGAAGAUCUGGAUGAGCGUGCUCUUCCUGUUCAGGAUCAUGGUUUUGGGGGCCGGUGCCGAGAGCGUCUGGGGCGACGAGCAGUCGGGUUUCAUCUGCAACACACAGCAGCCCGGUUGCGAGAACGUCUGCUACGAUUGGACCUUCCCCAUCUCGCACAUUCGCUUCUGGGUGCUCCAGAUCAUCUUCGUAUCCACGCCGACGCUGAUCUACCUGGGCCACGCCGUGCACAUCAUCCACAAGGAGAACAAGAUGAGGGAGCAGCUGUUGAGUCCAGGCGGGUCCCGGGUGCUCAAACAGCCCAAGUACACGGACGAGAAGGGAAAGGUGAAGAUCAAGGGGAACCUGCUGGGGAGCUACCUGACCCAACUCGUGUUCAAGAUCAUCAUCGAGGCCGCCUUCAUCAUCGGCCAGUACUACCUGUACGGCUUCAUCAUGGUGCCCAUGUUCCCCUGCUCCAAGAAGCCCUGUCCCUUCACGGUGGAGUGCUACAUGUCCCGGCCCACGGAGAAGACCAUCUUCAUCAUCUUCAUGCUGGUGGUGGCCUGCGUCUCCCUGUUUCUCAACUUCGUCGAGGUGUUCUACCUGAUCUGCACCAGGGUCCGAUGUGGGUCCAGGCCCCGCUCUCACAAGAUCUCUUCGGCAGAGAACCCCGCCAGCCUGUCGUCUCCCAGGUGGCCGGUUAGAGAGGACGUGCUCAAGCAGAACAAGAUGAACAUGGAGCUGGAGGCCAGCCAGAGUAUCGGUGGAAGCCUGGAUGGAGCCAAAGAGGAGAAGCGACUACUGAGUGGUCAUUAAAAAACACUAGAAUGUAUUAAAUGUCCGUUUUCAGAUUGCUGGCCUCCGUGUUCAGAUACAUCUAAGAGCCUGAAGUAAAGAGUUCAUGCAAAAUGCUUUUUAAAAAAUGAUGAAAGAAUAUCAAGGUGGAGCUUCGUCACCAUGUAGUUAUUAAGUCGUGCAUACAUCUGAUUAUUUUUUAAAAAGGGCCACAUUGUAUACAUUUUGUAUUAUUUAACAGGAAAAAAAAAAACAAUGGAAAGGGUGC